UCUCGUCUGUCCACUCGUCUGUCCUCCCGUCUGUCCACUCGUCUGUCCUCCCGUCUCUCCUCCCGUCUGUCCUCCCGUCUGUCCUGCAGCAGCAACAUGAAGACAGAACAACGGUUGUGGUUUCUGCUCGCGUUGUGUGUUUGCUGCAUUGGUCCGACGUGUUGUUGGCACGACUUGGACAACAGCGAGUACGACUGCUGGCCGCUCGACAGACCCAACGAAUACAACAUGAUCGACUGUGGAGGUCUGGAGAUGGCCUGGGUGCUCCGUCCUCCGGAGACGGUGAAGAGUGGCGAGGUGUUCAGCGUCACGUACUCGGUCACGGCCCAGGACUCUUUCUACCACUGGGCUAUUGAAAACCACAUCUUCACACGCAGUUCCAUCGUGAAUGCUGAGGCAGCUCGGGCGUUCUGCGAACAGCACGACUGUCCGGCCAACUGGAAAGACGCCGACGGGGAAAACUGCUGCAUUCAUCACGCCAACAUCCACUCCUGUCCACUGGGAUACAUGACGUCAGAGAGCAUCUGUGGCCCCUGGAUCCCUGACGACGGAAGGAUCUUCACACACACCAUCUCUACGUCGGGAAAGAUGACCCAGACCAACUGGACCGCCAAGGUGGUUUUGCUCCACGCUGGUUUGACCUCGCUCAUCGCUCACAUACGAGUUGGUCGCAUGCAGGUUGCUCUGGAGGCCAAGAGCACCGUGUCGCCCGCUGUAGUUUGCGGUGACGGUGUGUGCGAGGGGGCAGAGCUUUGUUCCACCUGUCCAGCCGACUGCGGCGAAUGCCCCAUGAGCCCAGCAACCAAGCUGGCCAUCGGCCUGCCACUCAGCCUGCUCUGCAUCUGCGUCGUACUGACGGCGGUGUGGCUGAGGUACCAGAAGCAGAAGCUGCUGUGGGACGAGAGCUGGAUCAUCGACUUCUCCACAAUAAAGCAAGAUCAGGAAGCUCGUAUGAUCAUGGGCAGUAUGAUGAGUGUCCCGAUGGGGAACAGUGACAGUAACACCAGCUGUAUAACUGCUCUCAGCUCGUGUACAGGACAACCAGGGAGUCGAAAAACACUGUUCACCUGUACCGGGAUAUAUGACGGCAGGACGGUGGCGAUCAAGAGGAUUCGCACAAAGACGUUCUCUCUGUCCAAGACCAUCAGAGAGGAAGUCAAACAAGUCAGGGAACUUGAUCAUCCAAACCUCUGUAAGUUCAUUGGUGGGUGUGUUGAGGUUCCAAACGUUGCCAUAGUGACAGAGUACUGCCCUAAAGGCAGCCUGAACGACGUUCUCCUCAACGAGGAGGUCCCACUCAACUGGGGCUUCAGGUUUUCUUUCGCCACAGACAUCGCCAGAGGUAUGUCGUAUCUCCACCAGCACAGGAUCUGUCACGGUCAACUCAAGUCUACCAACUGCGUCUUGGACGACCGCUGGGUUUGUAAGAUAACAGAUUACGGAUUGAGGACGUAUCGCCAGGACGAUGGGGCGGAGCCUCUCUCCACCUAUUACCAGAGACUCCUGGAGGUGUACAUGCCACCAGAGUUCCAGAACUCCAACAUGGAACCGACGCUGACUGGUGACGUGUUCAGUUACUCCAUCAUCCUGCUGGAGAUCGCCACUCGCAGUGAUCCCGUCCCCGCAGAGGAGUCUAAUCUGGACUGUGCCUGGUGUCCUCCUCUACCUGAACUCAUCUCCAGUCGAGCCGACAACACCUGCCCCUGUCCCGCCGACUAUGUAGAGCUGAUCCGGCGAUGUCGCUCCCACAACCCCGUCCACCGACCGACCUUCGACCAAAUCAAGAAAUUUGUUCAACGAAUCAACCCAGUCAAAGUCAGCCCAGUGGACAUGAUGAUGAGUCUGAUGGAGAAGUACAGUAAACAUCUGGAGGUGUUGGUGGCCGAGCGGACACAAGAUCUGAUGCAUGAGAAACAGAAAACCGACCGGCUGCUGUACAGUAUGCUCCCGAAGCAGGUGGCUGAUGAUCUGCGUCAGGGAAAACCGUCGCAGGCUCAGAGUUACGUGAGCGCCACCGUCUUCUUCAGCGAUAUCGUGGGCUUCACCCAGCUGUCCAGCAGCAGCACUCCUUACCAAGUCGUGGACUUCCUCAACAAACUCUACACCACGUUUGACGACAUCAUCGACAACUACGACGUCUACAAGGUGGAAACCAUCGGCGACGCCUACAUGGUGGUGUCGGGCUUGCCCCAGGAGAACGGGAUCCUGCACGCCUCAGAGAUCGCCAGCAUGGCUCUGGACCUGGUCGGCGUCUGUCGCACCUUCAGGAUCCCUCACAAGCCCAGCAUGCAGCUGCAGAUCCGGGCCGGGAUACACUCCGGCCCGCUGGUUGCCGGGGUUGUCGGGACCAAGAUGCCCCGUUAUUGUCUGUUUGGAGACACGGUCAACACCGCGUCCAGGAUGGAGUCCACCAGCCUGGCCCUGAAGAUCCAGUGCAGCUCCAGCGUCUUUUACCUGCUGGAGGAGAUCGGCGGCUACGUGCUGCAGUGCAGAGGAAUGCUGCAGGUCAAGGGGAAAGGUGACAUGGUGACUUACUGGUUGGAGGGGAAGAAGAUGUCUCUGGUCUCCAAGGACGUCGGGCCCGACGCCAGGACAACCAAACACGUCACCAUGGAGACGGAGGCGGAGACGGAGAGAGAGCGGGAGCUGUAUUCGUCCAUGCCGGGGUUUCUGAGCGACGAUCCGCUCACGGUUUCAGCCUGACCUGUUCGGUUCGUUCACAGCCUGAAGAGUUGUUCACGUCGCGUGUUUCGUUUCAUGUUUGCAUCGCAAAUUAAAUAAUAAAACUUUUAACGGCCCGUUGAAUCUCCUGUAAUCACAUUCAACAAUUUCACAACACCGACACAGUAUCGUUAUAUAGUU